AUGGAGGACUUCGCAACCAACAAGCCUGGAUUCAAGGACAGCAGGAAAAGGAUGUGGUUAUGGUCGCUGAGCUGCUUCUCAACUUCUUCGUCAACAAGCUUACCGGUCUCGGGCGUCGAUAAGAUCUUUGCCAAAAUUCGCUACGGUCAAGGCCAAGACCAAGACGAAGAGGAGUGGUGGUGCAUCAGCCUCAGUCAUGACGAGUUCAAGGCAUUUGAGACGCGUUAUAAGGCCGGGGAAGCCUACCGCUGCCGAAGGUACGACUACUUCCCCGAUAUCGCCAAGUUCGUCCUACGUAUGCCGGGCAAUCUCCACGAAGCCGUUGUGGAGGGAUUCAAGAGACAGAUCACACGACAAUGA